AUGGAUGUGACGGCCGCGUUGUCGUUCCCUCUGAGCGCAAGCUCCUUGCUCGCCUCUGUGCUGCUCCUCCUCGCCGCCUAUGUGGCCUGGCGGUCGGCCUUCAGUCAGCCGGAUCACCUGCGUGCAUCGGAGCCUCCGGGGCCCAGGCCGCUACCCUUGCUCGGGAAUCUGCUGCACCUGAACUUGCGCGCACCGCAUCGGACCCUCUUGGAGAUGUCCAAGAAGUAUGGCCCGGUCUUCACCUUCCACUUGGGGCCCAAGAAGGUGGUGGUCCUGGCCGGAUACCAGACAGUGAAAGAAGCCCUGGUGGAGCACGCCGAAGAAUUUGGUGAGCGGGAACCUCUUAACACCUUUAAGGAGGACAAGAUGGACCACGGAGUCGUGAUGACCAACGGCGACACGUGGAAGGAGAUGCGUCGCUUCGCUCUGAGCAACUUAAAAGACUUCGGGAUGGGGAGGAAAGCUUGUGAGGACAAAAUCGUCGAAGAGUGUCAGCACCUCUUGGAAGUCUUCAGGAAUUUCAAAGGUAAUGAUGAAGCAUUUGAUAACCAAGAGCCCAUCAACUACGCGGUGUCCAACAUCAUAUGCUCGCUGGUGUUCGGCAGCAGGUUCCAGUACGAUGACCCCGCCUUCGUGAGCAUGGUGCAGCGCGCCGGAAGAAGCUUUCAAAUACUGGGCGGUCCAUCCUUGCAGUUGUACAACAUGUACCCGUGGUUGGGCAAGUGGCUCUCCUCGGCGAGAGAGGAGCUUCGCCAACUGGCGACGGCCAACAGGAAGCAGGCCGCCGAACUGAUCCGGGGUCUGAAGGACACGCUGGACCCGCGGAGCAGCCGGGGCUUGGUGGACGCCUUUCUCAUCCGCCAGCGACAGUUGGAGGACUCUGGCGACGUGGGUCACUUCCACGAUCCCAACCUGCUGAUGACCGUCUUAAACCUGUUUGCCGCCGGCACGGAAACGACCUCCACCACGCUCAGAUGGGCGCUCCUUUUCAUGGCCAAGUACCCCCACAUUCAAGAGAAGGUCCAGGAGGAGCUGAAAUGCGUCAUCGGAGAUCGCCAGGUCCAGGUGGAGGAUCGCAAGAACUUGCCGUUGACCAAUGCCGUCAUCCACGAGACGCAGCGACUGGCCGACAUCGCGCCUAUGGCGCUGCCUCACCGGACCAGCCGGGACGUCACCUUCCGGGGCUUCUUCAUCCAAAAGUGGACGACGGUGCACCCCCUCCUGACGUCCGUCCAUCAGGAUGAGAGCCAAUGGGAGAAGCCUGCCUCCUUCCAUCCUCAGCAUUUCCUGGACCAAGACGGAAAGUUCUUCAAGCCCGACGCUUUCAUGCCCUUUUCUGUGGGUCGCAGGGCGUGUCUGGGCGAGAGUUUGGCGCGCAUGGAGCUCUUCAUCUUCUUCGUCACACUCCUGCAGCACUUCCGCUUCCGGCCCCCGGCGGGGGUCCCGGAAGACCGGCUGGACCUAACGCCCCGCGUGGGCCUUUCGCUCGGUCCCACCCCGCACCGACUUCGCGCCAUUUACCGGCUGACCGGCUGA